GUUUAGUUGCAACUAAAAAAUCUUAAUUGGUUGAUGCAACAAUCCGCCCACCACUUAAACCUUAUCUCCUUCCUCCUUCUCUCUCCUUCAUUUCUCCAUUCAAACCAGGCAGGCCAUUUAAACCUUAUCCGCCCACCACUUCCUUUCUCCUUCCUUUCCUCCUUCUCUCUCCCACCACCACCAGGCAAGCCACCAUGGCCAUGGAGGAGAAGCAGAGGCACAGUGGCGGCGAGUGGAGGCGGACGUCGGGGCAAGGCGGUUGGCGAUUCGAGGAGCAGAAGAAGGGGGUCGAGCACGAAAACGCCGGAGCGGAGGCCCUGGGUCGUCGCGGUGGUGGAGACGCAGACUCAGGCGAUGGCGGGUUGACGGCGACGCUGCGGGAGUUCUGGUGGAGGUUUGAAGGGAAGAGUUGAAGAGAGAGUCGAGAGGAGACGAAGAGGAGACUCAGGUAAUGGUGGGUUGACGGCGACGCUGUGGAAGUGCCGGUGGAGGUUUGAAGGGAAGACCUGAAGAGGAGAGUCGAGAGGAGAAGAAGAGAUGAAGGUGUUAGGAACGGAACAACAAAAGGAACGAGGUUACCGAAUCUGGAGCUGAGUCGCGGACUAGGUCGCUCUCUUUAAGACGUUCGCGGCACUGCCUUCGAUGCGCACGGCAAACUAUCAACCGGUCGUCUCCAGGAUAAAACAGCUCCUCUCAAUACUCGCGGUUUUGUGCGAAAACCGAAGCUCUCUAAACACUCUCUCUAUUGUGUUUCUGCUCGUUGUGAUGUGUUUAGAGGGGCUGGGGAGGCGGCUAUUUAUAGGAGCCGAACCCAUAGGAAUAUACCCUCUUGCUUGGGGAAUAAGUCGGAUUAAUUAAG